AUGGCGGAGAACCUGCGAGAUGCUCUACGCGAUUUCGCCCUCCAAAAGAUGCGUGAUCUUGAAACGGAGAGAGCUCAAAAGAGCAAAAAAGAUGACGAUAGUGAUGGUAAAAGUCCGAAGUCAACGAAGAUCAAAAUCAACAGGGUUACCUCCAAGAUGAUAUCAGGAUCAUCAAAGAAAGCUGAAGAUUCACAGGCAGUCAAGUCGGAUUCCACAAAAAACACCAAGCGACAUCUUGAUGAAUCCACUUCAGGAGACAGUAGUAAAGUACAGAAACUCAUGAGGCUGUAUGAGGAAGAUGCAUCCAUCGCAGUGACGUCUGCAGCUGGGAAAGGAGGCAGUGGAUCUGUCAAGUCACCACCUGUACCAUCUGUACCCAAGAGAACAGAUUUUCUUGCGAAUAAUGAAGCAUUUAUAAAAAAACAGGAUGGGACAGAGAACAAGAAACUUUCUGGAUCGACAAAGUUCAUGAAAGAAGAGUCCUCAAAGGAUCAGCUUCAAUUUAAGAGCUUACAGUUGGGCAAAAAAGAAGAGUCUGAUGUUGAAGUGGGUGCAGAGAAGAAGAGUGUACCAAUGUCAGGUGAAAAGAAAAUGAUCAAGAUAAACAUCCAAACUAAAUUGUUAGAGCUGCAACAAGAACCAGAGAAGGUGGCAAAAGAUGGCUUGGACUCUGACUCUGACAGCAGUAGUGAUGAUGAUGGUAAUGAUAGUGAUGAUGAUCAGGUUGCUGCUGGGCUGCCAUGGAGGACCAUUCUAGAAGAUGGAGAGCUAAGCGAAUCAUCACAUGAAGAGGAGGAGAAGCAAGAAGGAGAUGUAAAGGAGACAGGUGGGAAUGAGGAGAAGGCUAUAGAAGAGGAGAAAGAAGUCUUAGAAAAGACGGGGGAAGAUAAGAAAAAGUCUUCCAAACACAAGCACAAGAGCAAACACAAGAAGCACAAACAUAAGAAAAGCAAAAAGAAAAAGAGUAAGCACAAGCACAAAGACAAAAAGCGAAAGGAUAGUGCUUCUGAUUUGAAGAAUGAAGGAGGGACUACUUCCGAACAAGGGACAAGAGAAGAGAAUGAUUCAAAAGCAUCAGGAAAUGAAAUAAUUGACAUUAAACAUGAAGGAGAUAAAACAAGCUCUAGCAGGAGAAGGAGCAAAGAUGAAAAGCAGAAGGAAUCGCGACAAAAAGAUGAAAAAUUGGAAGAGAGAAAAAGGCAGAGUAGUUCAAGUUCCAGUAGAAAAACUAGUGAAGAGAGGGAAGCAAGGGGACUAAGGGAUGAGGACCCCUUGAAAGAAGAUGUGAAGAAGGACAAAAAGACUAGAAAUGAAGAAAGAAAGGAAAAAUCUAGAAGUCAUAGUGAAAGUAGAAGUUGCAGCAAAGAAAAGAGUCAUACAAAGGAUGCGAGAGAAGACGAUAAGAGAAGAAAGGAUCAAGUUAAGGAUAAAGAAGAAAAGAAAACCGAUGACAAGCAUGAAAGAAGGUCAAGGAGCAUUGAGAAGCUGUCCCAUGAUGAAAGUUGUGAAAAACCUGAGAAACUUGAAGAGGAUGAUAAAUGUGUGCCUUUAUCAAAACAAUUAGAAGGAAGUACUAGUGGGACGAAAGAAAAGCAAGCUGAACACCAAAAGGAAGAAAGUAAAAGUGUUAUGGGAAGUGAUGAGAAGGCAAAACCUUUUAAGAUUGAUUCAAAGGAAGAAAGCAAGACCAUAAGAGAAAGUACAGACCCUACACAUGCAGGAGGAAGUUUCACAAUAAUGUUUUCCAAUGAUGAUAGUGUCAAGACUCGCAUAAGCAGCAAAAGUGAUUCAAGUCACAAAAGUGAAAAGAAUAAUCAUGAUGAGAGAAAAAUGAAGGAAGAGGAGAUACAAAAAGAAGACAUGAGGAAAAGCUUUAGAAGAGAGGAGGAGAAAAAGGAUGCUACAAAAGAGAAGAGUCGACAUGAGGAAAGUAGGAAAGGAGAAAAGAGACACAAGGAGAAAAGGAAAGAGAAAGACAGGGAAGAUAAAAAGCAGGUCCACUCCAAGAAGCAUCAGGUAUCGACCAAAGUUAAGAUAGACCAUCUUGAACAUGACUUUCCAUCUGCAGAAGAAUAUGCUGAGGAUCCAGGUGAUAAGGUCCAGUCUGGAAAGAAGGAUGAUAUGAAAAGUGAGGUGUCAACUUUAGAUGACACCCAAUCCUCUGAAAUCCAGGCAGCUCUUGCCAAUCCUAUUAAAGUGGUUGUGCCACCAUCGGAUGAUGCCCAUGCAGAAAGUUCUGUCAAAGGAAAGGAGAAGUUAGAAGAAGAAAAUAGGUCCGCAGAUAAUACUGAAAAGCAAGCAGAUGUCACCUCUGGAACUAAUGCAACUAAUGAGAGUGAAUCCUCAAUGAACUCAUCUUGUGCAGAAAAAUCUGAAGUGACUCGAGAUGAACGGUCAUGCCCCAGUGAUACUGCUGUCAAAGAUAGUGCCACCACAGCUUCUUCUAGGCAGAUAGAGUUCAUUAGUGUGAAGGACUCGCCAACACCUGCUAAACAGCUUGAGAGUUCUGCCACCAAAGUGGAGACUGUUUCGAAGAUGGGAAUAGAGACUAGUGGUGAUGUUGAGGACUCAGAAGUCAUUGAUAAUACAGAAGCUAAACUCUCAAAAAGUUCAGAAAGUGCCGGACACAAGGAGGGCACAGAAGACUCCUCCAUCUGUGAGCAGAAAGAAGAUGGUGCUGUUAGUACAACUUCAUCCACAGAAAAACCCAACAAGAAUGCAGAAUCUAUUGAAAAGGCAGUGGAGAACAAGGAUGUACUGAAAGAAAGUGACAAAACUUCAAAGAAGAGGAAAAAAGACAAAUCAGAUGACAAAGAGGAAGGAGCAAUCGACAGUGAAAUUGAAGAAGGUGAAAUUACUAAAAAGCACAAGAAAAGCAAGAAGAAGGAUAAGAAGAAAGAUAGAAGUGAGAGGGAUAAGAAAGACCGAACGGAGAGAGACAAAAGUGGUCGAGACAGAAGUGAUCCCAGAGAUAAACACAAGAGGAGGCAUUCUGAUUCGCGUUCAGAGUCGCGUUCUCACUCCCGUUCUCACAAAAAACACAAAGGAUCACGCUCAAAAUCACGUUCUGAUGAUGAUGGUGAUAGCGAUAUAAGCAUUGGAGCAACAAAAAUGGUGGAAAAGAGUUAUUUCAGUGAAUCACGAGGCUGCUGGGUAACUCGGAUGGUCCCUAAAGAAGACGAUAGUCCAUCUCCUGAAGUUGGCGAUGGAAACGAACCAUAUGACAUUGGAGACACCUACAUCCGUCAUCCUGCUCAUGACAGAAGAAGCGUCGCGUUCAAGGUCAAGAUCCCCAAGUUUCAUAUUGACAAGAAGAAACUGUUGGAGAUUGCCAAGGCUAACGCUUUAAUGAGAAUGAGAGCAGGAGACCUGCCAUCUAACUUGCCUAUUACUGAAUCCAUGAAGAAAGCAGCCGACUCAUUUGAAGUCAACGAAUCCAUCCAGAAGUUCACUGACCGAUGCAAGGCAUUGGCUAAUCUUCAAGGAGGCAGUUCUGACGAUGACUCACCGGUCAACAGACCAGUGGGCUCAGAUGACGAAGAUGAAGAUGGGAACGAGGCUCAGAAACCGUUUGUGAGACAUCCUUUCAAGGUCAAAGAGGCUGCUCCCAUCGUGAUGAACAUCAGGAAUGCAAUCCAGAUUCCUGUGGCCAGUAAGGACAAGCUGAGAGUACAGUUCCCAGUGUCGUGUGGCUCUCAACAUCGUAAGAAAGAAGUGGAGAUUGUGAUUGGCAAUGCAAACGAUCCCUAUGGCCAAUGGAAAACUGUGGAGAAACCCACGCCUAAACCAGCGGCAGCACCAACCACAAAAGCUAGUACUCCCCAACCACCAGCAACACCAGCAACACCAGCAACCACAGCAGCAGCAACACCAGCAGCCACACCAGCAACUCAGACCACCCCAGCAGCAACAGCCAUGGCUCCUGCCGUUGCUGCCACUGUUGCUCCUGUGGUAGCUGGCCCUCACAUUCCGGGGCUGACCAACAGCCAACCACCACAGCCAGUACCAGAGAAAGAUAAAGUCUUUGAAGAUUCACCAGGAUUCUCCUACGACAUCGGCCAGAUUGUGUCUGCUAGAUUGAAGGCUGCUAGGGCUCUGCAGUCCAAUCCUAAUAACGUGGAGGCACUCACUGUUCUACAUCACUCACAAAAACAGAUUCAGACCUGGGCACACAGCAGCAAGAAACCUGGUUUGUUCACGGGUAGCACAGACGCUACCUUCCUACGACCUGAAGAGCUUGGUAAUCCCAAUCGCAAAAACCAGGCUUGGAUUAGGAAGGACAUGUUCCUGACAGCUGCACCGGUCAACACGGACAUUGGACGGUCACUCAUGCAUAAGAUGGGCUGGAAGCAAGGAGAAGGACUAGGCAAGAACAAAGAGGGAGCCCUCAAUCCAUUGUUGUUGGAGAUCAAGACAGAUCGGCAAGGUCUGGUAGCUGCAGAGGAGAAGCCUAAGAAGAAAGGGGAUGUGUCAAAGGUCAUCCGGAAGGACCUGUCCGGCAAGCACCCUGUGAUGGCACUGAAUGAACUCUGUAAUAAGAGAAGAUGGGGCAAACCUAACUUUGAGGUUGUGAGAGAGGAUGGUCCUCCGCACAAGAAGAACUUUGUUUUCAAGGUGUGUAUACGUAAUGAUGAGUACAUUCCGACGGUUUGUUCAGGGAACAAGAAAGAUGCCAAAGCCAUGGCAGCAACGGUUGCCCUACAGAAGAUGGGACUUCUACCACAUUGAUGACUGGAACACAGCUAAGAUGCUAAAGCCAUGGCAGCAACGGUUGCCCUA